AUGAAUAGUAGAAUGUAUUUUUUUUAUAAACAGUUUUAUUAGGGUUUGAAUGUGGCAGCUGCAGCAGUGAGAAUCUCGUUCAUCCGGUUCGGAAGCUCCAGAUCGUUUCUGUGAUUCAAACUCAUCACUUGCCACCAUGGGGAAAACCCGGGGUAUGGGAGCGGCUCGCAAGUUGAAGUCCCACCGAAGAAGGCAGAGGUGGGCUGACAAGUCAUACAAGAAAUCACAUCUUGGAAAUGAAUGGAAGAAGCCAUUCGCUGGGUCGUCUCACGCCAAAGGCAUUGUUCUUGAAAAAAUUGGCAUUGAGGCUAAGCAGCCAAACUCUGCUAUUAGGAAGUGUGCUCGAGUACAGUUAAUCAAAAAUGGAAAGAAGAUUGCAGCCUUUGUGCCAAAUGAUGGUUGCUUGAACUACAUUGAAGAAAAUGAUGAAGUGCUGAUUGCUGGUUUUGGCCGAAAAGGUCACGCCGUCGGAGAUAUUCCUGGAGUCCGAUUUAAGGUUGUGAAAGUAUCUGGGGUGUCACUUCUUGCACUCUUCAAAGAGAAGAAGGAAAAGCCUAGGUCUUGAUUCUUGAAUUAUUCAUUUUAUGAGUCCCUAUCUUUGGUUUUCUCUUUUAUGGUUUUCAAUUGAAAAAUAGAGAGUAGACCAUGGCUCUGUUCCCUCAAUCAUUUUGAUCCUAAUUACUUUCAAGUGCCUAUUGAACUGGGUUCUGCUAUGCUUCAAACUUAUGCUUCGACUUUGUAAAAAGUCAUACUUGUUUUUUAGUUUAUUGAACUUUGUGGAAAAUAUGGCAUGUUAUUUUAGUUUA